CAUAACACUUUUUGGCAUCUAGUAAAAAUGACUUUAAUGAUGCGCCUGUGUAGGCGUAGCUAUGCGACAAAACUGAAAGAUCACCAGGUGACAAUGAUGGCCCGUGGUUUGCCCAAGCGGGAAUCGCUGCCUGGCGUCCAGAACAUAAUAGUGGUAGCCUCUGGCAAGGGCGGUGUGGGCAAAAGUACUGUGGCAGCAAAUUUCGCCUGCAGUUUGGCCAAGUUGGGAGUGCGUGUUGGGCUGUUGGAUGGCGACAUUUUUGGACCAAGCAUACCAUUGCUGAUGAACGUGCACAGUGAGCCGCUGAUCAAUGAGAAGAAUCUAAUGUUACCGCCACAGAACUAUAAUGUCAAGUGCCUGUCGAUGGGCAUGCUAACGCCACCUGAUGGUGCCAUUAUUUGGCGCGGUCCGCUGGUCAUGUCAGCCGUGCAGCGUCUACUCAAGGGCGCCGAGUGGAGUCCAUUGGAUGUGCUGGUCAUUGAUACGCCGCCCGGCACUGGAGAUGUGCAUCUCUCACUGACACAGCUUGCACCAAUCACAGGCGUCAUAUUAGUCAGCACCCCGCACAAAGCGGCAGUGGAUGUGACAGUCCGUGGUGCUGAAAUGUAUCAAAAACUGAAGGUGCCUAUCCUUGGCCUAGUUGAGAAUAUGCGCUACUCCAUCUGUGACAAUUGCAAUCAUCGCAUCGAAUUCUUCAAGAAACAAGCGGAAGCUCCACACAAGAGGCUGCCAAAGACUCUCAUUUCGUUGCCUCUAGACUCACAUAUUGCAGAUUGCGGCGAAACGGGCGUACCCGUUGUGAUUAAAAAUCCAGACUCUGAACAUGCAAAGCUCUUUAGUCAGCUUGCGAGUCAUAUAUGGAGUAUAUUGCAAGAGAAUCAAAAAACAAAUGAAGCAAAGAACGAGACGAAAAGUAAUACUUAGCGAGUUCAAUUAGACGCUAAU